ACGACACUUUGCGGCAGCGAGAAACCGAGGGGAGUGAUAGGGACGGUUAGCUGUGGAGAGAGCACCAGGCAGCAGAUCCAAGGCGAAACACGCUGUACUUCGAGAUCGUUGGAGAGGACAGUAGGUCCCCUUUCCCACUCCCUUGUCCUUCGCUUUUUUAUUGCCCCUUCCCCUUCAGCCCUGAAUGAAGCGGGAUGGCUGAAGUGCCACCUGGGCCUAGCGCGUUGCAUACAUCCCCGGCCGAAGUUAUUCCUUUCCACGGGGCUGGGCGCGCCUUGCCCGGGGAAGAUAACGAUGAGGAGCGAGUGUGGAGUUGUGGCAGUAUCAUGACCCCUGGCCAGGGACAAUCCCUGCCUCCCGAACAGGAAGGGAAGGGGUUAAUGAAGAUGCCGCAGAAUCAUCUGUACCUUCACUCGCACGCACUGGCGAGCGCUCAGCAGUUUAACGGCAUAGCGAACUUGGAGUCGGGGCUGCUCAACAACAAUCAUCACCACCACCACCAUCACGGGAGCGGCUGCACGCUCAACUACCACAGCCCGGCGUCUAGGCCGCGGGACUCGGAGAGUAACUGCUGCUCUAACAGCGGCCAUCACUGCUGCCCCAAGAAUACCGGCAUCAGCGGCAAGCUGGCACCGAGUCGAGCGGAGACGCAGGCCAAGGCGGACCGGGGAAAUGAGGAAGAGCGCCGCGCCUGCGACAGGACUGAUAUGACGGCUCUGCCGCCGCCCGUCCACAAUGACAGGGCUGGACAAGAAGGCGUGGAGGGGAUGCGCCCUGCUAGCCUCGACUACGGGGCCCAGGACACCGUGCUUGAACUCGCCGACGCACUGGAUGCAGCGUGCACCGUCCGAGAUGCGGUGUGUCGGAAUGCGAACAGCUUCCCCAGUGUAGGGGACAAUUCCGGAGACGACGAUGAGGAGGAGGACAUGAUCCAAUACGUGCGCUAUGAAUCGGAGCUGCAAAUGCCGGACAUCAUGCGAUUGAUUACGAAAGAUUUGUCGGAGCCCUAUUCCAUUUAUACUUACAGGUACUUCAUUCACAACUGGCCACAGCUCUGUUUUCUGGCAAUGGUGAGAGAAGAGUGUGUUGGCGCCAUUGUGUGCAAGCUGGACAUGCACAAAAAAAUGUUUAGAAGAGGGUAUAUUGCAAUGCUAGCUGUGGACUCUAAGUAUAGGCGGAAAGGAAUAGGUACCAAUCUUGUGAAGAAAGCAAUAUAUGCAAUGGUUGACGGCGACUGUGAUGAGGUGGUUUUGGAAACAGAGAUCACCAAUAAGUCUGCAUUGAAACUUUAUGAGAAUCUGGGUUUUGUGAGGGACAAGCGGCUUUUUCGAUACUAUUUAAAUGGUGUUGAUGCCUUGCGGCUCAAACUAUGGCUACGUUAGAGAGGCCUUGCAGAAUCUGGACAUGGCUAAUAAGGAGCAAAAGUGAUUUUCACAAAAAUAUUAAAUGAAAAACAGCAAACAAUUAACCUUAAGCAUUUAAAGAAGAAAUAUGAAUACAUGAAUAUUUUUCAGGGGAAGCUGGGCCCUUGAGUGGGAGCAGUUUGUUGUCUCAAGCAAUUUGACAUUGAUUUCUGAAAGCUGACAACUGUUGACUCAUGGGAGUGUCACAUAAAAAAAAGAAGAAAGAAAAGAAAAUCCCACAAACUUUAAAAAAAAAAAAAAAAGGAUAUAAAGUAAUCCAGGGGCCACAGAUAGGUGCUAAUAAGCUGCAAGGUUGCCCACUGGCAGAUCACCAAUGAAAACUUUUUUUUUAAAUAUAUUUUUUUUUAAUAAAACCACAUAAGCAGGUAAACCAGACUUUAGCUAUUAAUGGACAUUUGCAGGGUUUAUUUUUUGAAUGGGGGGAUGGGUCUGAGAGGAUGAAUUGAAAGUGCUCUUUAAUAGCUACUAUAUAUAUUUGCACAAUCACACCUAAGCUUCCGGAUUGGUAGUGUUGAAUUUGAAUUGCUGUUUAAAUUAAUGUUGGAGAGAGGGAAGGAGUUCAGAUGAAUGCGAGCAGAGUAGAAGUGGCAGCAAUAGAGACAAUGACUGUAAAAUCUUGUUAUGUUGUUAUGCUUUAGUAGCUGUGCUGCAAGAAUAGACAUUUGGGAUAUCAAGGUGCAUUGAUCCUGACAGCUAUCCAUAUUUGUACACUUUAGGCCUGUACGCAUUUUCACUUCUAAGCCUUAAGUGUCAGAAGUAGCAUAUUUGAAACAUCUUUAGAAUAAACUGCCUUGAGCUGUAGGUUCAAAGAUUUCGUUCCCAUCCCUCACAGCUACAGUGGGCAGUGUUUCAUGAUAUGAGUGACUAGAUUUUUUUUUUUUCCUUCCCCUUCAUUAUUUGUUAGUCUGAACCAUUUGGGAACAUGGGAUGUAAGCACUCUUUUUAUCCUCAGGUGUCACCUUUUAACUAAAGCGUCCCCAGUAAGGUUUAGCACAUAACAUAUAUAUAAAAAAAGUAUUCUUGGGAUAAUAUUUGUCUCUUGUUUCUAAUAACAAAAUAUUAAGAGGCAUUAUUACAAAAAGUAAAAAAAAAACCCAGAAAAUCUAACCUUUUUCCAGUUUACACUCUUCAUUUUCUACACAAUGAUCUUCAUUCUUACAAGUUUCUUGUGGUUUAAUGCCUCUGCUUCUAUAUAGAUGAAUCUCCUUAAGAUUUAAAGUGGGGGGCAACUUUUUAGACCCAUCCUACCCCAAAUUUUGUUAGUUAAGAAAAGUCACUGGUAAAAUAACGCAUUUCUUAUGCAUUUUCAAGCUGGUAAAUAAAAUUAUGCAUUCA